AUGGGUGUUCAUGUUGUCUCGAAGCUGGAUAAUCGCCAGCAUGCAAGCUUCAACGUCGAAGCCGCUGCCCCGGGCGAACUGGCAGAUUCCUCCGUGCGAAUCCGCACCACGCUGAUCAGCCUCACGUCGAACAAUUUGACCUAUGCCUUAAUGGGCGGGUUUUUACGUUGGUGGGAUGCAUACCCGGUCUCUGAAAACUAUCCCGCUCCAUACAACGACCCCUCAGCAUGGGGAAUCGUACCAGCAUGGGGCUAUGCAACAGUAGAAGAGAGCACAAUCCCCGAACUCGCCCAAGGUACUCUGCUCUGGGGCUUCUGGCCGACAACCAGCACAGCGACCGAUUUGAAACUCCAACGCGGCACCCCAGAAGGCCACUGGAUUGAAACCAGCGAUCAUCGCCAGAACCUCAUGCCACUGUACAACCGCUACACAGUAACCCCAACCUCAACCCCGAUUUCCGCGCUCACCUCCGAGCCCAAACCCCGCUCAGACGCUGCGCGGGACGAGCUGGACCGCAUGGCCUGGACCGCGCUGUUCCUCGGCGGAGUGGCCGGGUUCGUGCUGAGCGAUUAUGUCUUCUCGUCUAGUACAGACACAAAGCCUAUCCAUCCACUCGGUGAUGGCGCGGGGUUGCAGUGGACCCUGGCUGACGGGGACUUGUCAUCUGCUGUCGUUGUCAACCUGGCCGCGUCGACGAAAACGGCCCGUGUCUUUUCGUACUACGUCUCGCGAAAACCGGGUGCAUCGGCUCCCCUGGGUCUGUUCCAGGUGACAUCAUCUGUGUCACGUAUUGCGGAGGCGGAUCGGAAUCUGGCCACUUCUGUUCCGUCGAAGGCUGUGGGGUAUGGGGAUAUUGGGUCUGAGGAGUCGGCGGAGUGGUUGGUUAGUCGGAAGCCUGAGAAGAUUGUUAUUGUUGAUUUUGGUGGCCGGGGGAAUGCGCUUGAUGAUGUGCUUUCUAUGAUUAAGGGUCGUUUGGAGUUGGAGGCUUGCAAGGUUGUUAUCGUCCAGGUUGGUAAUGAGCAGAAAGUUUACUCGACUGAGGAGUUGCUUGCUGGGAGAGCGGCGAUGGCGAAGCUUGGGAAGGUCCAAUACAAUACAUCUAGUGUUCAGGACACCAUUCUUGAGUCUAAAGAUGUGGCGGCUUACUUUGCAAUCCGGGAUGCAGAAUGGAAGAAAUGGUUAGACGACCGACACUUGAGCGUGCCGGGGAUGCAGAUUUCGUUUGGCCAUGGUGUUUCUGGUGAUGAUGGUGUUGAGGGCGGUUGGGAGAAAUUGUGCAAUGGACAAGUGGGACCUGAGGAGGGCUUGGUCUACAAGAUGCAAUAA